AGAAUCAGUCAAAUGAUCAACAGCAACAUAUUCGUUCAAGUCGGGCAGUUAACAACAAUGGCGAUAUAAUUAUUUCAGCAAUGGAUGUUUCUGUCAAAUCGGGGGAACAGAAUGUGAAGUUGAAUAGUCAAAAAAAUCCUGAUCAGUGCCGUCCCCAUACAACAUUGACCAGAACGAUUUCACAGCCACAGCCUCAUCCUCAGCAUGAAGCGAAUGUUGAAACGUAUGUUACAACGUUAUUAGAAAACUUCGGAAACAUGAAUUUACAUCGUAAACUGGAGAGAACACAAUCUGAACCUUUGCCCCAACAAGUCAAUACUUCCAGGUACAAAACUGAACUUUGUCGUCCAUUUGAAGAAGCUGGUGAGUGCAAGUAUGGAGAAAAGUGCCAGUUUGCCCAUGGAUAUCAUGAGUUACGAAACCUACAAAGACACCCAAAGUACAAAACUGAAUAUUGCCGCACAUUCCACAGCGUUGGAUUUUGUCCUUAUGGUCCAAGAUGUCAUUUUGUUCACAACGCUGAUGAAGCUAGAGCUCUACAACAAAUGCAGCAGCAGCAACAACAACAACAACAACAACCAAAACUGCAAAAUCAUUCCAGUUUUCAUAACUGCAUCGCAAACUAUCCAUUGCAGUCUAAACAUGGAAACAAAGCAGCUAAUCCCAAUCAUUCGAUUCCUUUGAGCCCUCCUCUGAGCAUGUCAACCGGCUCAGAUCGCGAAUCACCAACAGGUUCACUAUCCUUAAGUCCUACCAGCUCUAUGACUAAUUUUACAUUUGGUGAUCAAGUGAGUCCGGUGAAUUCUGUUUUUCAAAGCACAUUUCCUUACAUUAGCACUCCACCUGAAAGCCCAAAUGCCCCCAUUUCACCAGUGAAUACACCACCACCUAAUGUCAUAUUGAAUUCUAUACAAAACCCGACAUCGUUGUACGUAAAACCUGUUAGUAUUCAGGGUAAGCAGGUACUUCAAAAGAGUUCAAGCUCUCCGAUGGCUAUAAUCAGAAAUAUUAAUAAAGUUCCAGCCAAAGUUAAUUCUGUUUCAUCACUUAAUAGUGGUGAAGAAGCACGGCUGCCAGUUUUUAACAAAUUGAGCUCAGCUGUUGAAAAGUUUCCUAACAUAGCUUUAUAAUUUGACGAAAUCUCACUUUGCAUAUUAUUUAAAAUUCUAGUUUUUUGUUAUUUUACAUUUUAAAUUAUAUAUACAUCCUAAAUUAUUAUAAAAAAUAUAUAUAUUUUUACGAUAAUUUAUAUAUUUUAUAUUAAAUAUCUCUUUAUCCAGAAAAUGGGUAUAUGUAUAUUUAAAAGGGAGUUAGUUCAUAGGAAAGAGUUGGAGAGCGAAGGAUUGGCAAAAUAUGCUUUUGCAUUUAUCAAAUUAUCUAUAUAUAAUAUUUAUUUUAUAUACAUAUGUAUGUAUAUCAUUUCAUUUUUGUAUACAGACUUAUUCUAUAUGCCGCUAAAACAAUUUCAUAUACAAUUAUUUAUAUUUUAUACACAAUGGAGAUGUAUGUUAUUAAAAUUAGGUGCAGUUAUGAAAAUUAUAAUUGAAAUAAUGAAGUCAAUGUGAGUUCAGAAAUUAAUAUUUUGUAGUAUUAAAAUUU